AACGACAACAACGACUCACCUUAAUUUCUGCUGCUAACACAUCAUCUACCACUACCACCAACAACAACUACACAACCACCUGCAAAAUGUUCUCCCGCCAGUGCCUUUCCUAUCAGCUUUUAACCCUCAUCAGUGUAGUCGUGUAUCAGGCUACGCAUGCGCAUGCCUUUGACAUAGCCACAUGUAAUAUGCCCCUGGGCAUGGAAUCCGGUGCAAUCACAGAUGCUCAAAUUACAGCGAGUUCAGCCCAUGAUACGGGCUUCGUUGGACCACAACAUGCGAGACUGAAAACCGAUAAUAAUGGCGGUGCCUGGUGUCCCAAACAUAUGGUCUCCAAAGCUUUAAAGGAAUAUCUGGAAGUCGAUUUAUUAUCGGUGCAUGUUAUAACAGCGAUACGCACCCAAGGAAGAUUCGGCAAGGGCCAAGGCCAAGAAUAUACGGAGGCCUAUGUUUUGGAAUAUUGGCGACCGGGUUUCACCAGCUGGAAGCGUUGGAAGAACACCCAAGGAAAGGAGAUCUUACCCGGCAACAUCAAUACCUACAGUGAAGUGGAAAACACAUUACAACCGAUUAUAUUCGCAUCAAAAAUACGCAUUUAUCCAUAUGGCCAGUAUGAUCGUACCGUGUGUCUGAGAGCCGAAAUUGUGGGAUGUCCAUGGGAAGAGGGCAUUGUUUCCUAUAGCAUACCCAAGGGCGUACAACGUGGCAUGGAAGUCGAUUUAUCGGAUAAAACCUACGAUGGCACUGAACAGGGUGAUCGUUAUGUUGAUGGGCUGGGUCAAUUGGUCGAUGGCCAAAAGGGCAAGGAUAAUUUCCGCACCGAUAUUCAUGGUUUCGGUAAAGGCUAUGAAUGGAUCGGCUGGCGCAAUGAUACCCCUGGUCUCAUGGGCAAACCUGUUGAAAUCGUUUUCGAAUUCGAUACCGUGCGUAACUUUAGCGCCAUUAUUUUGCAUACGAACAAUAUGUUUACCAAGGAUGUUCAGGUCUUUGUCCAUGCUAAAGUCUUCUUUAGCAUUGGUGGUAGACACUUUUCCGGUGAACCUGUCCAUUUCUCCUAUAUGCCCGAUACGAUAAUGGAUCAUGCCCGUGAUGUCACCAUAAAGCUGCAUCAUCGUGUUGGCAAAUAUUUGAAAAUCAAUUUGUAUUUUGCUGUUAAAUGGAUAAUGCUAUCGGAGAUAUCCUUUGUGUCAG